AGUAAACAGGCCACCCUCUUUGAUGGCCCUGUUCAAAACCACUCAAUAUCAAAAUCCAAAAACACGGCCAAACAACACAAAACACAUAAAAAUCACAACUCAGAAAGCACUUCUAUUUCCAGAACUAGAAGCACAGUUCACCCCACCUCACCUCUCCACAUGAAUUUCUAAAAUAACACCACCUGUUUUUUUCAACUCCACCAAUAAAAAGGCCAUGGCUUUUCUUCUACCAAAUUUGUCUCCUUCUCUUCUUCUUCAAACCAAAGCCUCCAAAGAGAAGCCCUUACUCCAAGCAAUUUCUUCAACCAGACAUAAGUCUUAUCCUCUAGCCCUCUCCUCUGUAGCCAGUCUACAGAUUCCAACGCUUCAGGAUGCGCAGGUUAAGACCCCACCACGGGAGCAGGACAACGACCACCACGAAAAAAAUGAUUUUUAUGUCAAUUUAGGCCUUGCUGUGAGGACUCUGCGUGAAGACAUGCCUUCAUUAUUUGCCAGAGACCUCAAUUACGAUAUUUACAGGGAUGAUAUAACAUUUGUGGAUCCAUUGAAUACAUUUACUGGCAUUGAGAGAUACAAAUUGAUCUUUUGGGCAUUGAGAUUUCAUGGUAAAGUUCUGUUCCGUGAGAUUUCGCUUGAUGUAUUAAGGAUUUGGCAACCUUCUGAGAAUUUGAUCGUCAUAAGGUGGAACUUGAGGGCUGUUCCCAGAGUUCCAUGGGAGGCUGAAGGCCAGUUUCAGGGUAAUUCAAGGUAUAAAUUAGAUCGGUCUGGCAAAAUUUAUGAACACAAAGUCGAUAAUUUAGCAUUCAAUUUCCCACAGCCACUGAAACCAGCAGCAUCAGUGUUGGAUCUGGUGUCUGCUUGCCCGGCUAGUCCCAAUCCAACGUUUUUAUGGGGUCCCUCGGACGUGUACUCAUCCUCAUGGGUCGAGUUUUACCGGGCAGUAAUGGAGACAUUAGAUCAAGAAGCGUAUUUGAAUGUACAAAACAGGCUAGUUACUUGUUCAUAGUUAUUAGCUCUACCUGAUAUGUAAUGUAUACGAAACAUAUAUGCGUGUGUUAUGUAGAUAAACACAGAUACGACUACAAGGUGAAUUUGAUUUUUGUGUUGUUAGAGGCAGAGAAGCCCCAAUAAAACUUAUUAAAAAUGAAAUCAAGCUUGAAGCUAUGCUAACUGAAAAAGGAUUUAAGAAAGUGAUUGAUUUCUGUUUCA